AUGGGUUGUCAUCUCGGUUUAACCGCUAUUGUGUCCUUCCGCACAACCCCCGAGUUGUCUAUUUCUUGCAAGAACGUUGCCCGGAAGACCAUAGUCCCAAGUCAAGUUCUCACUCGGUCCAAGUCUAGUGCAGUCCGCUCAACAGGCCCAGCAGCAACAGGCCCAGCAACAGGCCGCUCAACAGGCCCAGCAGGCUCUACUACUCCCUCACCAGCACCCGUCAGUGCUCCACCGAAGGUUCUUGCACCGGAGACCCCUACAUUCAAGCCCCGACGCCCCUCUCGGUUAUUUUCUAGUGCAAGCCCGUCCGAACUAAUAGACCACCCCUCACCAGUACGACAGAGACUAAUUAGACCCGAGCCAUCGCCGAUUGUCCAAGAGGCGUCCCCGGGUGUUCAAGAGACAUCCCCGGGUAUUCAAGAGACAUCCCCGAGCUCGACCGCAUUCGAGGUGACUCAAGCAAGCGAAGCGGAGGUGACUUUAGGUCUACUCAACCUACCUAGAGUGUACACCAGCAUCAGCAACAGCCUAAAGGCGGAAAUGCAAAAUGUGGGUUGGGUCAAUAAAAGCACGUCCGGUAUGGCUGCGUUCAAUGCCCUAUGCCUUUACUUGAUGAACUUGCCCUCCCUCAACGGUUUUCUGCCAAUUUGGACUGGGGGUGACUCCGAUGCCCGUAGAGCACUGGCGAGUGCUCUACAGUGGCUCAUCGCAGAUGUUGGUAUGAAGGAUAGGUUAUCAAGGGGACAGGGAGACCGUCAGUUCAAAGAGGCUGCCGGUGAUAGUGAUGAUGAUGAUGACGGCGGUGGUCAGGCAGCCGGAAGACGCUCUCGCAAAGGGAAAGAGCGUGCAGUACCUCCGGAACUCGUGCGACCUUCCAUAAUGGUUACCGUGGUAGACCCCGAUGCUCUAGGGGCAUUCUUUAUGCUCGUCCCACCACCUACUUAUGACUGGAAUGAUCCCCUGAACGAACCUUCGUUCAUCGGAAUUUUGACCAAGAUAACUUUCCCCGAGCUAUGCAACUUGAUCCUGAAGCACACCGCACCCGGCAGAGCAGUCAGGACUAUCUGGGGGGCAAUUGAGAAUGUCCCCCCGGCAGCUGUUCCUCCUGUUCAGCCGGUGGAGGUACAAAUUACCGAUUCAGAGGAGCUCGAAGGGGACGAUCUGGACACCUGCCGGAUAGCAGCCAAGAGAGCUGCUGACGCACUCGCGGCUGCUGGUGCUGGAGGUGGUGGUGGAGGUGGUGGUGGUGGUGGUGGUGGUGGUGGUGGUGGUGGUCUAGGACCUCCACCGCCUCCGGGCGGACCUCCUCCUCCUCCGGGCGGCGGUGGUGGUGGAGGACCAGCUGGAGGCGGUGGUGGUGGUGGUGGUGGGCCAGCUGGAGGCGGUGGUGAUGGUGGUGGUGGGCCAGCUGGAGGCGGUGGUGAUGGUGGUGGUGGUGAUGGUGGUGAUGGUGGUGGGCAUCAUUAG